UGUUCCCUAUACCCGGCCGACCCGGACUUCUUGGCCACUGUGGACCAGGAGGUGUUGACGCAGAUUCGACGCCUACAGCACCACCCGUCCAUCGCUCUGUGGGCCGGCAAUAACGAGAACGAGGGUUGGGUACGUAAUGGCAAAAAGGAGGACUUCCAGCACCAUAAGGACGACUACAUCGAGCUCUACAUCAAACACAUACGCAAACUGAUCCUCGAGGAGGAUAGUAGUCGACCGUUUGUGGGCUCGAGUCCGUCGAAUGGGGACGAGGAGGUCCAGGAGGACUGGGUGUCCGACCACUCGGGCGACACCCGCUACGGGGACGUCCACUAUUACACGUACGACAAGCCGCUGUGGAAUUGGCGGCAAUACCCGAGCGGGAAGUUUGCCUCCGAGUAUGGCUACCAGUCGUACCCGUCGGUCGAGACGUUACUAACGGCGCUCAACGAGUCAGACCUGACGUUCCCGAUUGGCGACGCUCUGGAGCACCGGCAGCACCACCCGGGCGGCACCAAAUCCAUUGAGAACGCCAUCGGCAAUUACUUCAAACUUCCCUCACAUGGAGGGGUCGACCGGUUGGAGGACUUGAUAUACUUAUCGCAAGUGAUUCAAGCGAUGGCUAUGAAAGUGGAGACA